AGCCAUGAACUGCCUCUGGACCCUGCAAAACUGGAGAUGUUGGUGGCAUUGGCACAGAGCAACGAUGAGGGACAGAUCUGCUACCAGGAGCUGGUAGAUCUGGUCAGUGGCAUCAGCAGUAAGCGGUCAAGCAGCUUCAAGCGGGCCAUCGCCAACGGGCAGAGGGCCCUGCCCCGCGAUGGGCUCCUGGACGAGACGGGCCUGGGCUUCUACAAGCGCUUCGUGCGCUACGUGGCGUAUGAGAUCCUGCCCUGCGAGAUGGACCGGAGGUGGUACUUCUACCAGCACCGUGCCUGCCCCCCACCGGUCUUCAUGGCGGUUGUUACCCUGACCCAGAUCAUUGUUUUCCUUUGCUAUGGGGCCCGGCUGAACAAGUGGGUGCUGCAGACGUACCAUCCGGAGUACAUGAAGAGCCCCCUCGUCUACCAUCCUGGACACCGAGCCCGGGCCUGGAGGUUCUUCACGUACAUGUUCAUGCACGUGGGGUUAGAACAGCUGGGAUUCAAUGCCCUCCUGCAGCUUAUGAUCGGGGUGCCCCUAGAGAUGGUCCAUGGCGUCCUUCGCAUCAGCUUUCUCUACCUCGCAGGAGUUCUGGCAGGUUCUCUGACCGUCUCCAUCACAGACAUGAGGGCGCCUCUGGUUGGAGGUUCAGGAGGAGUCUAUGCGCUCUGCUCGGCGCACCUGGCCAACGUAGUCAUGAACUGGGCAGGAAUGCGUUGUCCGUAUAAGCUGCUCCGUAUGGUAUUGGCGCUGGUGUGCAUGAGUUCUGAGGUGGGCCGGGCCGUUUGGCUACGCUUCUCUCCGCCCUUGCCUUCCUCGGGCCCCCAGCCCAGCUUCAUGGCCCACCUGGCAGGGGCGAUCGUGGGCAUCAGCAUGGGCCUUACUAUUCUGCGCAGCUACGAAGAGAACCUCCAGGACCAGUGCGGCUGGUGGGUGGUGCUCCUCUCCUACGCCACCUUCUUGGUCUUCGCCGUCUUCUGGAACAUCUUCGCCUACGACCUCCUGGGGGCUCAGAUCCCGCCCCCCCCUUAG